AGGAGAUCAAAAUCGGUCAGUUUCCUACGCUCGCACUAUCAAUAUUGAAUAUUGGACAUUGGAAAUAUUGGGCUUUGGACAUCAUAGAUAACUAAACCCGGUAUUUUGUCUUCGGAGACGUGAUGUCGAGAGGAGUAAAGCGUUUUAAGCGAAAAGAACCCGAAUGUGAAAGAGUAUUCAGUCCUGAAACCAAGGAUUAUAAUCCAAAUCCGCAGUAUCAAUUUUUUUGUCAGUUAGCUCAUGGAAGCCCAACAGGAAUAAUUCAUGGAUUUACCACAGUUAAGCAGCUUUAUUCAAAAAUAUCCGAGUGCUUUGACAUAAGUCCAUCUCAGAUUAUGUUCUGUACACGUAAUACACAUAAACCGGAUAUGGAUAAAUUAUUAUGCUAUGAAAUUGGUUUAAAUGAUUUUUUAUUUGCUCAUAUAAAAGGACAACCAAAAGAGAUUAGUAUACGUAAAACUAGUGAAUCAUUUGGUUUGACAUUGACAGAUAAUAAUUGUGGUGUUGUCAUUAUAAAACGUUUACAACCCGAUGGUUUAAUGGAUAAAGUAUCAAAAGCCUGUGAUGGACUUAUACAACCAGGUGAUCAAAUUGAAAAAAUCAAUAAUAUCUCAUUUAUUGGAAGACGUCAUUAUCAUGUAGCAUCAUAUUUACAAAGUAUUCCUAUCGGAGAUGUAUUCAGUCUACGAUUGAUUUCACCGGAACGUUCGCCUAUAUACAUGUUAAAUUCACGUUCAAAAGGAAGAAAUGAACAUCAUGUUGGGUCAGGUAAAAGAACUAUACGUCUAAAACAGAAUGGAGAAUAGAAGAAAGUGAAAUAGUUGAUGUUGAAGUAGAAGGAACUCAGAGAAUUAACAAUAUACUUGGUGAUAGUCUUGGCUUCGAAGACAGUGAACUUGCUUUCUACAUUUAUACACUGGCUAAAUCAUCGAAAUAUCCAAGAGAUUUAGAAUGGCAUAUAAAUAAUAGUAAAUUAUUUGAGUUCAACUUAUCGAAACUUUAAUAAAUUCAUUUUGGAAAGCAGCAAAUUUACAAGAUUAUUCAUUAACUUCAUCACAAUACAAAUAUUAUUAUCCAGUGUUUGAUUUAAAAACGGAUGUAUAAAUUCAAUUGAAUACAUUGAACAUUUAACGUUUUUUGGCGUAUAUUUUAAAUUAUCUAUACAAGCUUAACUAUAUUAUUGUGUAAAUUGAUUAUUGUUUACUGAUGAAGUUUUUCUCCUUUGUAAUAUGAGAAAGAAGGGAGAAAAGAAAAAUACUUUCAUAAUGAACAGAUUGACUAACUAGCUAUCAUUUCGUUAUCAGAUGAUACUGUUUGUCAAGAUUACUGAAUAAUCAAUGAUCAUUAACAGUAACUUUCCUAUUGACUAUCAUCUGUGUUUAUACCACCUUACAAAUUCAAUGUUUGAACUAUCUACUUAUGCUUCAUAAAUAAUAUUUAUGAAUAAAUUUUAUUAUUAUUA